UGUGAACCAAAAAGGAAAAUGACAUGCUGUGUUGUGUUGAAGAUAAGGGAGGGCAAAUUAGAAUUUGCGUGGUUAAGCAAUUUCAAGAGAAGAAAAUAUCUCUUGUUUAACCUUCGAAUUUCCGAAGUGCAACAUUGUCGCUAAGCUCCAACUAAAGAUAUGGAAGAACGUACACAAAGGUAUGCAGUGGUGACAGGGGCAAACAAAGGAAUUGGAUUUGAGAUAGUAAGACAGUUAGCUUCAGCUGGAAUCAAAGUUGUGCUUACAGCAAGAGAUGAAAAAAGGGGUCUUCAAGCAUUGGAAACACUCAAAGCUUAUGGUUUAUCUGAUUUUGUUGUGUUUCAUCAACUAGAUGUUGCUGAUGCUUCAAGUGUAGCUACUCUUGCUCAUUUUGUCAAAUUCCAAUUUGGGAAACUUGAUAUUCUGGUAACAUUCAAUUUUUUUUAUAGGGAAUGAGUGGUUAUAUUAGUU